GACGAAAUAAAAGCUAAAUAUUCAGCAAAGUAUCACAAAUUGCGUCUGAAGAACAAAUGGAAAUUACCUUCUAGAAAGUUCAUUGAAGAUAUUCUAUAUGAAUAUACAAUAAAUUUGGACCUUAAAAGCUAUUUACACAGUUUUAUAAUCGAUAUAAGUGAUAAAACGAUCAUGAAUCUUUUCAGUGAACCUGACCAGCAACAUAUCAGAGAACCGCAAGUAGAUGAUAAUUUGCUAGAUUUUCUUUUAUGCUACUGACAAUAAAUAAACUAAUCAAGAAGAUUACAAGACAAAUGCACAAAGACUUACUGUCUUGGCCAAAAUAGUUCUUAUAAUAUAGGUAUUGGGAAACCAAUUUGAGAAAAAUAUUUGAUAUUUUUUAUAAGGGUCAAAUGAUAAAAGAAGAGGUUUCUCAGAGGCAAUCAAUAAUUAAUGAUCACAUGUUUGGAUUGAUUAA